AUGUACUCAGUGAAAUAUUCUGAAGUCGUGUCGGUCGUGUCGGCCGUGAGGAGGCCUGGGACUCCCGACCCUGACCGCCUUCAAAGAGACGGCACUUAUUAUCUGCCAUGCAAGAUCUUUCUGGUUGACAACCGGCUCUUUCAGAUACCAUUUGCCUACCUUUCCAACGAAUCUGAAAUAUUUCGAGGGAUGGCGGACGUUCCGCUUCCAUCCGAUGGUACGGCUGAAGGGAUGUCUGAUGAUCAUCCUAUUCGUUUGGAGGGAGUCUCGAAGGAAGAUUUUCGUCAGCUCCUCAGAGUCUUAUGCCCUCCAAAGGCAUCUGGCCGUGAAGAAGUGCUAUCGUUCAAACAGUGGAUCUCGGUCCUGAAACUUGCCGACCUUUGGUGCAUGGAUGCAGUUCGAGCUCACGCAAUUGAGAAAAUGUCAGACAUGGACGCCGACCCAGUAGAGAAGGUGGUGGUAGCAAGGCAAUACAAAGUUCACGACUGGCUCGUUCCUGCCUUCAAUGCUAUCAUAUCGCGCUCCCAAACGCUGAGCGAGGUCGACGUCGAACGAUUAGGAGUAUCGACAAUCUUGCGUUUGGUCGCUAUACGUGAUCGUUUGCAACGGGAUUAUCGGAAUUAUGUGACCUUAUCGGCUACAAGGCAACCUGUUGCAUUUGAUUUCACGAACGCCAUUCUCGCUGAAAUACCAGAAUGUCGUCGAGGAGUCGACGUCCUAUCUAUAUAG